AUGGGCGCCGCUGCGAGCACCAAGGGCUACACGAAGGACCAGCUCGUCGCCUUGGUCUCCAGCGCGUACGCGUCCGACACGGAAACGCUCACCAUCUCCCAAGUCAGCCAGAAGCUCAACGACAAGGAGCGCGCCGCCGCCAAGGCCUCGGCCGCCGAUCCGGACGCCGGGGAAGUGGAAUCGGACUGGAAGGCCGCCGUGCUCGACGAGCCCCUGUCGAGGGACGAUCGCGCUGUCGCGCUGCGCGCAAUAUUCGAUUCCUUGGACGAGGAGGGCGACCACUCGAUCAGCCGCCGCGAGUACAUCACGACCAUGGUCGCGCGCGGGGCCACCUGGGAGGAGGCCUCCGCGAGCUUCAAGGCCAUGGACGACAUGGGCAGCGGUCGCCUCACCGUGGCCAAGUUCGACCACUACAUCAUGAAGGAGACCGUCGAACUCGUGCGCACGAGCUUCAAGGAGAUGGAUCUCGCCGACGGCGACCGCGAGCGCCAGCUGUCCAAGGCCGACGUGCGGCGCUUCCUCCUGCAGCACGGCCUGACCAAGGACCAAGCCAUGGCGUGCUGGACCGAGAUCGACGCGAACAAGAACGGCAAGGUGAACUUCCGCGAGUGGAGGCACUGGGCCGAGGAGAAGCUCACGGGCCUCGUCGUCGCGGCGGAGCAGGACAAGGCCGCCGGGGCUUCGUAA